GCUGAAGUGUAUUUUUCAAAAUUCAAUCGCAAUUGCUACUGGUACUGGCGCACCACUACAACUGAGUCCCUCUUUCACACAGUCACACAGCAGGAAGAAAGGAAGGAAGGGUAUGGCGGAAUGCCCGAGCCUGGGGAUUCUGAUCGAUAUAGUAGAUGAAGAUUGGAUGAGAGACACCCUUCCAGAUGAUGAUCUUCCGUUACCACCUGUACUUGUUUCCAGAACUGAUGACACUGAAGAUUCUAAUCAAGAGGUUCAGCAAGUUGAUGGCGAUACGUGGCAUGAUCUUGCACUGGGAAACUCCUAAAUACCAGAUUACGGCCUGGGGAAGUAUAUAUUGGACAAGUUAUGUUUUCCAGACGCAAUCAUAGCAGCCCCUUUGACAUAGAUGGAAACUCUACUAUUUUGAAUUGAACUCUAGUUUCAAGAAGUGAUGUUUCAGUGUCAAACUUUUUGUGCGAACCCUGUGAUGCAGACAUGAGUUCUUUUCUUCUCUCUUUUUGCUGUGUAAAUGCAUUUUGAUUGCCCAGGUGACUUUUGCACGCUUAGGAAAUAUUUUGGUUCUGUAAUGAUGAUCACAUUCUUUAGCCACGUAACUUGUGCUAGCAACGAUGCAGUGAAUUUAAUCACUGUAGCUAUGGUUUUGAAGGAA